AAUAUUCAAACAUUAUUACUGGGCUGCCAACGUCAGGACUCUGAUGUUUUGGCGGCAGGGGUAUCCAGACAGUUUGGCUCCUGAGUCCCCCUCAUGGUUGAGAAUGGAAGCCGCAACCGUAGUUCAGUCUUCCCUGCCUGCUUUGCUGUUCUCGAAGAUAGAGUCAUCCGGUAUAAUAAAAAGUCAAACUUUUGUAAAUCACUCCUUUAUACCUCCGACAAUAGAUAAAACCUUUCAAAUGUGGAAGGAGAAGGGUCUCACCUCUGUAAGGCAUCUUUAUAUAAAUGGACGCUUUGCAUCCUUUGAUGAACUAAGAGUGAAAUACAAUUUGCCCCACUCACAAUAUUUCCGUUAUCUGCAAAUUAGAGACUACGUUCGUUCCAAAAUCACCAACUUCCAAACUCUCCCCAAAAAGCAUGCAUUUUUUGACGUUAUGAAUAGCCCUUCUGACUCCAAGCAUCUUAUCUCUACUUUUGUACGUCUGUUUGAUGGCUGUAUUGAAGUUUGCACAGAUAAAAUAAAAAAGGCUUGGGAGGAGGAGUUGGGUAUUUGGCUGUCAAAGGCUGUGUGGGAUAAGAGUUUGGCCAUGAUAUCAUCCUGCUCCAUCAACAGCAGGCAUCAGCUAAUUCAGUUUAAGGUUGUUCAUCGCCUUCAUUAUUCUAAACUUAAGUUGCAUAAGAUUUACCCCUUGGUUUCACCAAUGUGUGACAGAUGUAAAGUGGCUGAGGGUACACUGUCUCAUGCUUUUUGGUUUUGCACACAACUGGCAGGAUUCUGGGACAAGCUAUUUGGCUGGUUCUCCAGGGCUUAUAAAACAACCUUGCAACCAGAUGCAGAACUCGCCCUCCUUGGAUGCUCACAGUCCACAGCAAAUAUACCCACAGCAAUGCGACAAUCCCUGAUGCUGGGGACUAUUGUUGCUAAAAGGCUCAUCCUGAUGGACUGGAAAUCAACCUCUCCUCCCUCCUUUCAGAGAUGGCUGACUGAUAUGACCUCUGUCAUACAAAUGGAGAAACUUCGGUUUACGAGAGCUAAUUCACUUGAAAAGUUCUCAGCUAUUUGGGAUCCAUUUCUGAACCAUCUGGAUAUGACCAGAACAAGGUGAGAGCCUCACCAGACUAUUUACCUGGGACUUGGUUGAGACAAUGUGUAUAUUCGGCUUAUUUGUGACUGGCAGGUUUGUUAUUCUUCCAUUCAUUUGUCUGUUGUAACCGUUUAUUAUUAUUAUUUUUUU